CACUCACAGUGCGGCUCUCCAAACCUACUUAUAGCUCGGCUUUUCUUCUUUUUUUCUAUUCCUCAGCGAGACUAAGAGAGAGUUCUGUGUGUGUUGCUCGCCUCUCCGUUGACUUCGUGAGCGGGUGCCGUGUGUUUAGUUGAUCUUAGACACCAUGACGUUGACUGUCCACUUCAGGCGCUCGGAUGGUCUAUUGACGCUCAGAAGAUCGAUACAGUGAUGUUCACGACACAUGGCGUUGAACUGGUUUGGGGUUCCAGCGAGACCGAAAUCGCUUUUUUCAAUAGGACGACUGAGUUCUCCCCCACCGUGAAAACCAGCGCGGAGCCCAGAAGUAAUGAGUCGUGUGGGGAAAAGCAGACCCUGGACCUGGACUUGACUAAGACAGUGAUCAUCGGGAUGAUGCUCAGCACCAUCACCGCGGUCACUGUGAUGGGCAACUCGCUGGUUGUGAUCGCGGUGUGUGUCGUGAAGAAACUCAGACAGCCGUCAAACUAUCUUCUAGUGUCUCUGGCCAUAGCUGAUCUGUCUGUGGCAGUGGCCGUGAUGCCCUUCGUCAUAGUGACUGACCGGACGGGCGUCUGGCUGUUUGGGGAGGUUUUCUGCAACAUCUUUAUUGAGAUGGAUGUCAUGUGCUGUACAGCAUCAAUAAUGACACUGUGUGUGAUCAGUGUGGAUAGAUACCUUGGAAUAACUCGGCCUUUGACCUAUCCAGCGAGACAGAAUGGACACCUGAUGGCCAAGAUGAUAGUCAGCGUCUGGUUGGUAUCGGCAUCCAUCACUCUCCCGCCGUUCUGCGGCUGGGCUCAAAACAUCAAUACUUUGGGAGUGUGUCUGAUCAGCCAAGAUGUGGGCUACACCCUCUACUCCACAGCUGUGGCCUUCUACAUCCCAAUGGUGGUCAUGCUUUUUAUGUAUUACAAGAUUUUCAAUGCUGCCCGCAAAAGUGGGGCCAAACACCACUUCACUUCACUUCCCCCAAUUCAGAAGGGCUGUCCUGAUCCAGCGUUGGACACUGUAGAAGGGCUCGGCAUGCACGGGAUGAAGAACGGUGCAGCUACUGAAGAGUUGUCUACCCUCUCCUGCCUGUUGAACCGCGACCGGCGGAGCGCCUCGAUUUUCAGGCGUGAGCAGAAGGCAGCCACCACCCUCGGGGUGAUCAUGGGAGUUUUUUCGUUCUGUUGGUUGCCGUUUUUCGUUUUCACCACAGCACGGCCGUUCAUUGGCGGCCUGCUCUGCAAUUGUGCCCCCGUCUGGCUGGAGCGAGUACUGCUGUGGUUGGGCUACACCAACUCGCUCAUGAACCCUUUCAUCUAUGCCUUCUUCAACCGAGACCUACGUUCGACUUAUAAAGACCUGCUAUGCUGCAGAUAUCGAAACAUUAAUCUGCAUCUCUCGGCUAUGGGAGUACAUGAGGCUCUAAAACUCUGACUGCUCACAAUCUGUUUAUAUGGUGGGAUGGUG